GCUCUUCUCUUUAAUUUUCUUCUUCUCACAACAUCAAGCUUUUAAAGCUUCGUUCACAGCUUUUUCAACCAUCUCUCAUACCGUACAAUAAUCAUGUCGGCAAUGGAUGUAUUCUGGGCAGCUCCGCCUAUCUCAAGGACUUUGGCUGCUGGUGCCUUGACUCUUUCGAUCUUGGUCUACACUCAUAUUCUUUCAGGUUAUCAUGUUAUGUUUUUAUUGCAACCUCUAAUGCAAUUUCCGCCUCAAUUAUGGCGACUUAUUUCUCCCUUUCUCGUUACUGGCCCAGACUUGGGUAUUCUCUUCGACACAUACUUUCUAUACACUUAUGGAAGCAAGCUUGAAACAGCUUCGCCUAGAUUCUCUCAACCAGGAGACUUCUUGACAUAUGUAUUGUUUGUUUGUGCGACGAUUUUGGGAUUGAAUGUAUUCAUAACAGGUGGUGUGAUCUUCACAUCGGCAUUGGUAUUAGCUUUCGCAUACACUUCGACACAAGAUGAUCGUGGCAUGAAAGCUACCUUUUUCGUCGUCACCAUUCCCGCACCAUGGAUCCCAUAUGCCAUGCUUCUUAUGACCUUUGUGAUGGGUGGCCCUGGCCCAGCCAAGAUUCAAGCUACCGGUCUUGUUGCCGCACAUUUACAUGAUUUCUUAACAAGACUUUGGCCUACAUUUGGUGGCGGAAGGAAUUUUGUUUCAACCCCGGGUUUUAUACAGAGAGCUUUUCAAACAACACAAACCACUGUCACUGAAAGAUCUUAUGGUACAGCGGUUGCACAGCCACAACGAUCUGCCAAUGCUUCCAGUUCAUCUGGCAGUGUUCUACCAGAAUCGUGGAAGAGUCGUGGUUCAGGACAUAGAUUAGGAGGUGAUUGAGUGACUCGAAAUGCAACAAUGGACCAUGCUGUACUAUAGAUAAGAUGCUUUCCUACGUUGGUCUUUGGUAUCGAUACAAUAGAACAAUAGUAUUAGUCCUUGAUGGCA